AUGGAUGAUUUGACGUUACUUGAUCUCCUGGAGUGCCCCGUGUGCUUGGAAAAGCUCGAUGUUACAGCCAAAGUCCUCCCUUGCCAGCACACCUUCUGCAAACCAUGUCUCCAGAGGAUCUCCAAGGCCCACAAGGGGCUGCGGUGCCCCGAGUGCCGAACCCUGGUGUUUGGCAGCAUCGAGGCGCUGCCCGCCAACCUGCUGCUCGUGCGCCUCCUGGACGGCGUGCGCUCAGGCCCGGGCUCCGGGAGAGGGGGCUCCUUCCGCAGGCCCGGCGUGCUGGCCCUGCAGGACGGCAGGAAGAGCAGGACUCAGCCCAGAGGCCUGCAGGCCAGCCCGUUUCGGCUCGUGCCCAACAUCAGAAUCCACAUGGAUGGGGUGCCUCGAGCAAAGGCCUUAUGCAACUACCGAGGACAGAAUCCUGGUGACCUGAGGUUUAAUAAGGGAGAUGUCAUCCUCCUUCGGAGACAGGUGGACGAGAACUGGUACCAGGGGGAGAUCAAUGGAAUCAGUGGGUUCUUCCCUGCUAGCUCUGUGGAGGUCAUCAAGCAGCUGCCCCAGCCACCCCCACUUUGCCGGGCCCUCUACAACUUCGACCUACGAAAUAAGGACAAGAGUGACAACCAGGACUGCCUGACCUUCCUCAAGGAUGAUAUCAUCACUGUGAUCAGUCGAGUGGAUGAGAACUGGGCAGAAGGGAAGUUAGGAGACAAAAUCGGCAUCUUCCCAAUCUUAUUUGUUGAGCCAAACCUCACGGCAAGACACCUGCUAGAGAAGAACAAAGGCCGCCAGCCCUCCCGCACAAAAAGCCUGUCCCUGCUGUCCUCCUCCUCCAGAGGCAAAGCCACCAAUACGCCCAGCCUCAGAAGGGGCCCUGGGUCCAGGAGGAAGGGGCCCGGGCAGCUCUCCAUCACGACAGCCUUGAACACCCUCAACAGGAUGGUCCAUUCUCCCUCGGGGCACCACAUGGUGGAGAUCAGCACCCCAAUGCUUAUCAGCUCUAGCAACCCCUCUGUGAUCGGCCAGCACGUGGAGAAAGCAGAUGUUCUUCCCGGUUCCUUGGGACAGGUCAGCAUGUAUCACGCCACUCCUGCCUCCCCAGGACAUUCCAUGGCCAUCGUCAGUCUGCCUGGCUCCCAGCAACAUCUCUCAGCUAACAUGUUUGUAGCCCUGCACUCUUACUCCGCCCACGGACCUGAUGAGCUGGACCUGCAGAAAGGAGAAGGCAUCAGGGUCCUGGGGAAGUACCAGGACGGCUGGCUCAAGGGUGUCUCCUUGGUCACUGGGCGAGUGGGCAUCUUCCCCAACAACUACGUCAUCCCCAUUUUCAGAAAGACAUCUAGUUUUCCAGACUCCCGGAGCCCUGGUCUCUACGCCACAUGGACAUUGUCGACCUCCUCUGUGUCCUCCCAAGGCAGCAUUUCAGAAGGUGAUCCCCGACAAAGCCGCCCCUUCAAGUCCGUCUUUGUGCCCACGGCCAUAGUCAACCCUGUGCGGAGCACAGCCAGCCUGGGCACUUCGGGACAGAGCACUCUCCGGAAAGGGCGGAGCAGUAUGAGAAAGAAUGGAUCCCUGCAGAGACCCAUCCCGUCAGGGAUCCCCACCCUUGUGGUGGGCUCCCUCAGACGCAGCCCCACCAUGGUCGUCCGGCCUCAGCAGUUCCAGUUCCACCAGCCACAGGCGGUCUCUUCCUCACCCUUGAUGGUGGUGGCGGAGAUGGGACCCAAGCCGGCUCCCCCAGGGGAGCCUGCCCUCACGUGCAUCAGCAGAGGCAGUGAGACCAGGAUCCACUCGACCGCCAGCUCCAUCAUCAUGGAAGGCAAGGAAAUCCCCAUCAAGAGCGAGCCUCCCCUCAAACCGCCUGCGUCUGCCCCACCAUCCAUCCUGGUGAAGCCAGAGAACUCCAGAAACAGCAGCGAAAAGCAAGUCAAGACCGUGAGAUUUCAGAAUUAUAGCCCUCCUCCCACCAAACACAGCACCUCCGGGAAGCCUGAACAUCCCGCCACCCUCAAGGGGUCCCAGCCCGAAGCCGCCCCCUCGGGCCCCGAGAUGACCAUCCUAUUCGCCCACCGCAGCGGCUGCCAUUCCGGGCAGCAGACCGACCCCCGGAGAAAGUCGGCUUUCAGCAAGACCGUGCCCCCGGUGUCCACCGCCUCCGCCACACAGACCACGUUUCCUAGCAAAUGA